AUGGCCCGUACCAAGCGUGUUCGUGCCUCUUCGGAGGACUCUUACAACGGCGGCCCUACCACCCAGACGGCCACUCCGUCUCCGCCCAAGAAGGCCCGCACCACCGAGCCCGCGGCUGAAGGCACUGUUGUGCGCAAGAAGAAGGCCCGCAACGUCCGUUCGGGCAACUGUUCCAACUGCUGGUGUAACGAGACGGAGACCGACCUGUGGCGCAACGAUGUCGACGUACCCCUUGAACACAACGGCAAGGAUGGCUUCAUGGUGUGCAAUGCUUGCGGGCUUUGGCGCAAGGAUCACGGCACCAAGCGCCCGACCCAUCUGUGGAAGCAUUACAAGAAGCGCAUUCCUCCGCCCGAGCUUCUCGCAAAGGUCGCUCAGGCUUUCGGCUGGGACCCUUCCAACUGGGAGGCCUGCGUUGCCGCUCCUGCUCCCCCCGCUUCCACCAAGGCUACCAAGCUUACCACAUCCCCCGCACCCACCACGCCCCUUCCCAACGACAAUUCGGAAGUCAUCACCCACUAUGGUCUGAUCACCCCGCCCAGCCGCAGCGACAGCGAGUCUCCCGCCUCUAGCAGCUUGUCCGAAUAUGACAGCCAGAGGGACCUGGAGGGCGCGGCCACCCUGAUCGCCCUGCACCAUCGCGAAGAGUUCACUCCUCCUCCUUCGCCUCCUGCGCGCCACCGCCACCGCGAGCACAUCCCGUGCACGCUCCUUGACCAGGCUCACAAGUCGCGCUACGAGCCCUACUGGGUCAGCCGCGACCGCCACGCCCCGCGCCACGACUAUACUUCCAACAACAUCUAUCCCAACGCUGGCCGCAUGUACCUCCCGGCUCCUCCUCCCCGCCACCGCACGGUGCCUCUCCCGUCCAUCACCGAGAGCUACCCUGCGUCCCACUACGGUGUUGUCCGCCCGCACGUCGGCAACCUCCUCAACUCGCCCCGCAUGGAUGCCUAUGCCCUCUCCAUCCCCGACUCGGUGCCCAGCCUCACCCGCGAGUCGUUCUGCUCCGAGACCAGCCUCGGCACGCCUGUCGCCGAGUCGCGUGCUCUCCCUUCCCCCGUCGUCGCUACGGGCGAGCAGGACGGCUACCCCUGGGGCCGUGACAACACCUACGAGAACCGCAACUAUGACUUUGUCAAGUCACGGCAGUAG